UUCCUCCUUUUCACCUCCUGGAACAAAAGUGCCCCUUUCGGCUGCGCCGGCGCUGCCUGCGAGCGGGGCCCGCUUUGUCUGCGCUCGGCCCCGGGACCCCGGCACCGACACCGGCACCGGUACCGGCACCGGUACCGGCACCAUGGGGCCCGGUGGGGGGCUGCUGGCGCUGCUGGCGCUGGGAGCGGCGCUGGCACCGGCGCUGGCGAGCUGCCCCGAGCGGGAGCUGGAGCGCAGGGAGGAGGAGGCCAACGUGGUGCUCACGGGCACGGUGGAGGAGAUCAUGAACGUGGACCCGGUGCACCACACCUACUCCUGCAAGGUGCGGGUGUGGCGCUACCUGAAGGGCAAGGACAUCGUCACGCACGAGAUCCUGCUGGACGGGGGCAACAAGGUGGUGAUCGGGGGCUUCGGGGACCCGCUCAUCUGUGACAACCAGGUGGCCACGGGGGACACGCGCAUCUUCUUCGUCAACCCCGCGCCGCAGGCGCUGUGGCCGGCGCACCGCAACGAGCUCAUGCUCAACUCCAGCCUGAUGCGCAUCACCCUGCGCAACCUGGAGGAGGUGGAGCACUGCGUGGAAGAACAUAGGAAGCUUCUCGCCGACAAACCCAACAGUUACUUCACGCAGACGCCGCCGACGCCGCGGGAUGGCUGCCGGGGGAUGCUGUGCGGUUUCGGGGCCGUGUGCGAGCGCAGCCCCUCGGAGCCGGGCCGGGCCUCGUGCGUGUGCAGGAAGGGUCCCUGUCCCCCCGUGGUGGCCCCGGUGUGCGGCUCCGACCACUCCACCUACAGCAACGAGUGCGAGCUGGAGCGGGCCCAGUGCAACCAGCAGAGGAGGAUCAAGGUGGUCAGCAAGGGACCCUGCGGCUCCAAGGACCCCUGUGCAGAGGUCACCUGCAGUUUUGGCAGCACCUGCGUCCCCUCUGCCGACGGGCAGGCGGCCAAGUGCGUGUGCCCGGCGUCGUGCGGUGGCACCGAGAGCACCGUGUGCGGCAGCGACGGCCGCGACUACCGCAGCCUGUGCCACCUGCACAAGCACGCCUGCGACAAGCAGGAGAACGUCUUCAAGAAGUUCGAUGGCCCCUGCGACCCCUGCAAGGGCGUUCCGAGCGAGCCGGGCCGGGUGUGCCGGGUGAACCCGCGGACGCGGCGGGCGGAGCUGCUGCCCCGGCCCGAGGGCUGCGCCCCGGGCACGGCCCCGGUGUGCGGGGACGACGGCGUCACCUACGGCAGCGAGUGCGCCAUGGGGCGCUCGGCCGCCAUCCGCGGCAUGGACAUCCAGAAGGUGCGCUCGGGGGAGUGCCAGCAGCAGGAUCGCUGCAAGGACGAGUGCGGCUUCAACGCGGUGUGCCUGAACCGGCGCGGCGCCGCCCGCUGCUCCUGCGAGCGCAUCGCCUGCGACGGAGCCUUCCGGCCCCUGUGCGGCCGCGACGGCCGCACCUACGGCAGCGACUGCGAGCGCCGCAGGGCCGAGUGCCGGCGGCAGGAGCACAUCCCGGUCCGGCACAGCGGGCCCUGCGACCUGGGCGCGCCCAGCCCCUGCCUGGGCGUGGAGUGCGCGUUCGGCGCCGGCUGCGUGGUGAAGAACCGCGAGCCCGUGUGCGAGUGCCAGCAGCAGUGCCAGGGCCGCUACGACCCCGUGUGCGGCACCGACCUGCGCACCUACGGCAACCCCUGCGAGCUGCGCGCCACCGCCUGCCUGCUGCAGAGGGACAUCGGCGUGCGCCACAAGGGGCCCUGCGACCGCUGCGGGCAGUGCCGGUUCGGUGCCCUGUGCGAGGCGGAGAGCGGGCGCUGCGUGUGCCCCACCGAGUGCGUGCCCUCGGCGCAGCCGGUGUGCGGCACCGACGGCAACACCUACGGCAGCGAAUGCGAGCUGCACGUGCGGGCCUGCACCCAGCAGAGGGACAUCGCCGUGGCCGCCCAGGGGCCCUGCAGGUCGUGCGGUGGCUCCGUGUGCUCCUUCGGCAGCCACUGCGUGGGCGGGCGGUGCGUGUGCCCCCGCUGCGAGCGCCAGCCCCCGGCCCCCGUGUGUGGCACCGACGGUGUCACCUACGCCAGCGCCUGCCAGCUGCGCGUGGCCUCGUGCCAGCUGCAGAGGAGCAUCGAGGUGGCCAGGACGGGGCCCUGCGAGGACGAGUGCGGCUCGGGGGGCUCCGGCUCGGGGGACGGCAGCGAGUGCGAGCAGGAGCGGUGCCGGCAGUUCGGCGGCUGGUGGGACGAGGACGCCGAGGACGAGCCCUGCGUGUGCGACUUCACCUGCCCGGCCGUGCCGCGCAGCCCGGUGUGCGGCUCCGACGGCGUCACCUACGCCAACGAGUGCGAGCUGAAGAGGACGCGGUGCGAGAAGCGCCAGGAGCUCUUUGUGGCCAGCCAGGGAGCCUGUCGGGCCCUGGCCACCACCCCGCCGCCCCUGCUGGUCCUGCACUGCAGCCAGAGCGUCUACGGCUGCUGCCCGGACAACGUCACGCUGGCGCUGGGCGUGGGAGCGGCCGGCUGUCCCAGUACGUGCCAGUGCAACCCCUACGGCUCCUACGGUGGCUCCUGUGACCCGGGCACGGGCCAGUGCUCCUGCAAGCCCGGCGUGGGCGGCCUCAAGUGCGACCGCUGCGAGCCCGGCUUCUGGAACUUCCGCGCCAUCGUCACCGACGGCAAGAGCGGCUGCACCCCGUGCCACUGCGACCCCGUGGGCUCGGUGCGGGAUGACUGCGAGCAGAUGACGGGGCUGUGCUCCUGCAGGACGGGCAUCACGGGCAUGAAGUGCAACCAGUGCCCCAACGGCAGCAAACUGGGCACCACGGGCUGCGAGAAAGACCCCUCGGCCCCCAGGUCCUGCCAGGAGCUGCGCUGCGCCUUCGGGGCCUCGUGCGUGGAGCUGAACGGCUUCGCGCACUGCGAGUGCCCGUCCCCGCUGUGCGCCGAGGCCAACAUGACCAAGGUGUGUGGCUCCGACGGUGUCACCUACGGGGACCAGUGCCAGCUGCAGACCAUCGCCUGCAGGCAGGGCCAGCACAUCACUGUCAAGCACGUGGGGCAGUGCCAAGAGCCCCUGACCCACAGCAGCCCGGCCGUGUCCCCCACGCCGCUGCCCACGCUGCCCCCGGACCUCGUCCUGCUGCCCGCGCCCCCCCGGGCCACCCCGCAGCCCCCCCGGGCCACCGCGCAGCCCCCCCGGGCCACCGCACAGCCCCCCGCCGUGGCCACCAGCUCACCACCACCGGGAGCCGAGCCCACGGAGCGAGGCCACCCCGCCACGGGGCGUGUGACACCCACCGGGCCGGCCACCAGCACACCCCAGCUCGCCCCCGAGGCCACCGCCCGCCUGCUGGCCACCGCGCCCGUGGUGGCGGCCACCGGCCGGCCGGGCUACGGCGAGUCCGGCAGCGCCGAGGGCAGCGGGGACCAGGACAUGGGCGCCAGCGGCGACCUGGAGUCCAGCGGGGCGGGAUCCGCCGGCGAGGAGGAGCCGGACGAGGGCCGGGUGACGGCCACGCCUGCCGUGGAGAGGGCCACGUGCUACAACAGCGCCCUGGGCUGCUGCUCCGACGGCAAAACCGCGGCCGCCGACGCCGAGGGGAGCAACUGCCCCGCCACCAAGGUGUUCCAGGGGGUGCUGAUCCUGGAGGAGGUGGAGGGCCAGGAGCUGUUCUACACCCCCGAGAUGGCCGACCCCAAAUCCGAGCUCUUCGGGGAGACGGCGCGGAGCAUCGAGAGCGCGCUGGAUGAGCUUUUCCGUGCCUCUGAUGUCAGGAGGGAUUUCAGGAGCAUCCGAGUGCGGGACCUGGGCCAGAGCAGCGCUGUCAGGGUCAUCGUGGAGGCUCACUUCGACCCAGCCACGUCCUACACGGCCGCCGAUAUCCAGGGGGCCCUGCUGAAGCAGAUCCGGGCUUCCAAGAAAAAAACCAUCCUGGUGAAGAGGCCGCAGCAGGAGCACGUCAAGUUCAUGGAUUUUGACUGGAUCCCCCGGGUUGUCACCACCACCGUCACCACCACCACGGCCACCACCACGGCCACCACCGCAGCCCCGGCCACCACCCGCCGUGUCCCCGCGGCCACCGCAGCCCCGGCCACCACCCGCCGUGUCCCCGCGGCCACCGCAGCUCCGGCCACCACCCGCCGUGUCCCCACAGCUCCAGCCACCACCCGCCGUGUCCCCACGGCCACCGCAGCCCUGGCCACCACCCGCCAUGUCCCCACGGCCACCGCAGUUCCGGCCACCACCCGCCGUGUCCCCGUGGCCACCGCGGCCCUGGGCCAGCACGCGGAGCCCGCGGGCAGCACCAGGAGGCCCAGCAGCCCCAGCAGCCCCAGCAGCAGCCGGAGGAAGCCCCCCGGCACCACCUGGCAGCCCCCCGGCACCGCGGCGGCGCCCCGGCCCUGCCAGUCCCAGCCCUGCCUGCACGGGGGCACCUGCGAGGACGACGGCCGCGACUUCACCUGCAGCUGCCCCGCGGGGAGAGGAGGGGCCGUGUGUGAGAAACCCGUCAGGUACUUCAUCCCCAGCUUCGGGGGCAGGUCGUACCUGGCCUUCAGGACGAUGAAGGCGUACCACACGGUGCGGAUUUCCAUGGAAUUCCGCGCCCUGGAGCCCAGCGGGCUGCUCCUCUACAACGCCCAGAAGCACGGCAAGGAUUUCAUCUCGCUGGCGCUGGUGGGCGGCUUCGUGCAGCUCAGGUUUAACACGGGCUCGGGCACGGGCACGGUGAGCAGCCGGGUGCGGGUGCAGCCGGGCCGCUGGCACCGCCUGGAGCUGACGCGGAACCGGCGCAGCGGCGCCCUGGCCGUGGACGGGGAGCCCCAGGUGAGCGGGCACAGCCCCCCGGGCACCGACGGCCUCAACCUGGACACCGACCUCUUCAUCGGGGGAGCGCCCGACGAGCACAUGGCACUGGUGGCCGAGCGCACCGAGGCCACGGGCGGCCUGCGGGGCUGCGUCCGCGCCCUGGGCAUCAACAACCGCGUGUACGAGCUGCGCCAGGGCGCCGGCGACGUCCUCUACGGCAGCGCCGUGGGCGAGUGCGGCAACGACCCGUGCCAGCCCAACCCCUGCCACCACGGCGGCGUGUGCCACGCCAGGGACGCCGAGAUGUUCCACUGCCAGUGCCUCGAGGGCCACACGGGCCCCACGUGCGCCUUCGAGAGGAACCCGUGCGAGCCGUCACCGUGCCACGCCUCCGCCACCUGCCUGGUGCUGCCGGACCGCGGCGCGCUCUGCGCCUGCCCCAUGGGCCGCGAGGGCGACCUCUGCGAGCGAGUGACGGAGCAGGACCAGUCCGUGCCCUUCCUGCCCGAGUUCAACGGCUUCUCCUUCCUGGAGCUGAACGGGCUGCAGAGCUUCGUGCCCGACCUGCAGGACAGGAUGGCCAUGGAGCUGGUGCUGCUGGCCCGCAAGCCCAGCGGGUUGAUCUUCUACAACGGCCAGAAGAGCGACGGCAAAGGCGACUUCGUGUCCCUGGCGCUGCACGAGGGACACCUGGAGUACAGAUACGACCUGGGCAAGGGGCCCGCCGUGCUCAGGAGCAGGGAGCCGGUGCCCCUGGACACGUGGGUGAGCGUGGGGCUGGAGAGGAGCGGCCGCAAGGGCGUCCUGAGGGUCAACGACGGCGCCCGCGUGGUGGGGGAGUCCCCGAUGCCCCACAUGGUGCUGAACCUCAAGGAGCCCCUCUACGUGGGGGGAGCCCCCGAUUUCUCCAGGCUGGCCCGGGCAGCUGCCGUCACCAGCGGCUUCGAGGGAGCCCUGCAGAGGGUGAGAUCUCCCUCGGGGGGGGUGCCGGUGCUCAGCGAGCGGAACAUCCGCAGUGCCCGCGAGGUGUCCCGGUUCCGCGGGCACCCCUGCACGGCCGUGCCAGGCCCGUGCCAGCACGGCGGCACCUGCAGCCCCAGCAUGGCCGGGUACCACUGCUCCUGCCAGCGCGGCUUCUCGGGGACACACUGCGACAAAGUGAUCAUCGAGAAGGCCGCUGGGGACGCUGAGGCCGUGGCCUUCGAUGGCCGGACGUACCUGGAGUACCACAACGCCGUCACCAAGAGUCCCGAGGCGCUGGAUUUCCCCUCGGAGCCCAGCGAGAAGGCGCUGCUGUCCAACCACUUCGAGCUGAGCAUCAAGACCGAGGCCACGCAGGGGCUGCUCCUGUGGAGCGGGAAGGGGCUGGAGAGGUCGGAUUUCAUCGCCCUGGCCAUCGUGGACGGCUUCGUGCAGCUCAGCUACGACCUGGGCUCCAAGGCCGUCACCCUGCGCUCCACCGUGCCCGUCAACACCAACACGUGGAUCCACAUCAGAGCCUCCAGGGUGCAGAGGGAAGGCUCCCUCCAGGUGGGGAACGAAGCCCCCAUCGCCGGCUCCUCUCCCCUUGGGGCCACGCAGCUGGACACGGACGGGGCGCUGUGGCUGGGCGGGCUGUCCCGUGUCCCCUCGCGCGGGCCGCGCCUGCCCAAGGCGUUUGUCACGGCCUUCGUGGGCUGCAUGCGGGACGUGCAGGUGGACGGGCGCGAGCUGCACCUGCAGGAGGACGCGCUGCACGCGCCGCGGAUAUUGCACUGCUCCGCCAAAUAG